GUCACCAACCCCUAAACCUACAGGAAUAUCUGGAGAGUCACCAACACCUAAACCUACAGGUGUCACUGGAGGUUCACCAACACCUAAACCUACAGGUGUUACUGGAGGAUCACCAACGACCACAGCAGUGGAUGAAACCUGCACCGAAGGUUGGACAAGAUGGCUGAAUGCUGACAAACCAGACACAGGAAAUGGUGACAUAGAAACUGUACACAUUAUACCAGGCUACCCCAAGACUUGUACAAAGCCCAUUUCUGCAGAUUGUCGUGUGGCAGGCAGUAUGACUCACUGGAAGUCAACAGGACAGGAUGCCACAUGCAGCAAGGAUGGAUUUACCUGCUUGAACAGUGCAAAUCAGAAAUGUGUGGACUACGAAAUCCGUUUCUAUUGCUUGUGUAUAGAACCAUCAGUUAACCCAUCCGCUACACCAACAGCGAGACCAACAGCAUCUCCCCCAUAUCCUGUGAGUGGACAAACGCCAGUCAUGGAAUGUAACCAUGGGUGGACCCCGCUGAUGAACAUAGACUCUCCUGGCAACCAGAAUGGUGGGGAUUUUGAGACCAUCACCAACUUGAGGACUGCGUACAAGUUUUGUCACAACAGCAACAUUGUCGCCAUCAGGUGCCUGGAAUCACAAAGCAAUAAGGCGUGGCAUGUGGUUGGACAAAACGUCAGGUGCGAGAAAUCUCUCGGUCUACAGUGCUUUGACAGGAACCAGAUUGGUGGCACUUGCUUUGACUUUGCCGUCCAGUUCUAUUGUGAUUGCUUGCAUACCACAGUGUCUCCUAUGACAGCACUCACUGGAAGUCCAACUGCCCAUCCAACAGGUGUAAGUGGUGCCAGCCCUACAGUAUCACCCCCACCAGGCCACAAUCCGUCAUUUUCUCCACACACUGGAGCCAGUGGACAACCCACCAUCACACCCCCAUCAAGUGGAACUGGACAGCCGACUCCUGCACCAACAGUCUACAAGUGGACAACUGUACCAGGAACUGCCCAUGUUACAAAAAAAGCCUGUGACACACCAAUGGAACUGAACAACACACACCUGUUCGGGAAGGACCAGUUCCAGGCAUCUACUUCACUUGACUACAGGUUUGAGCCAUCUCAGGCUCGACUGUAUUCGAAGCCAGCUAAUGGAUUGGGCGGUGCUUGGAUGCCAAGAAUGAUGGACACAAAUCAGUGGAUUCAAGUGGACUUUAAGGUGUCCCAGCUAGUAGCUGGCAUUGUGACCCAAGGCCGGCCAGAUUCAGACCACUGGGUGACCUCAUACAGAGUCUCCUACAGCUUGGACGGGUUGCACUUUGUGCCUUAUAUUGAGACUGGAAGUCUUUUCCCAAAGACCGUCACAGGAAACCACGACCGAGAAACACCACAGACGUCCAUGUUCGACAGAGAAAUCCGUGCUCGCUUUGUACGCAUCCAGCCGUUAGAAUGGAAUGAAAAGAUUGCAGUCCGAUUUGAAAUUCUUGCAUGUUCUGGUACAACAACAGUGCAGCCAUCAGUUGGACCUAGUGGAGAACCUACUGCAAGCCCUUCUGGGGGUGCCACGGACCAACCCACUGCAAAACUGUCGCCUGGAGUCACUCAAUCACCAGUGAUUGUUUGUGGGCAGUCAAUGGGAAUUGGCAGUGAAAUGCAUACAAAACCAGAACAACUGACUUCCUCAGAAGCCAUUAACUCUUUAUCUGUGGCGUCAGUGGGAAAGCUGAACAAUCCAGUAGGAUCAUGGGUACCAAAGGUUGUUGACACCAACCAGUGGAUUAUGGUAGACCUUUUGAAACCGUACGAAAUUGAUGGAAUCAUAACACAGGGGAGCCCACUCACUGACAAAUGGGUCUCGAAGUUCAUUGUUACCUACAGCGUAGAUGGGGUCAACUUUGCACCCUACCACCAGUUUGGCGUCACAAAACUGUUUGUUGGCAACACGGACAGAAAUGGCAUUAAGCAGAACGCGUUCGACCAUCCAGUGCCUGCUAGAUACGUGAAGAUUAUUCCCAUCGCAUGGUCACCUUCUGGAAUUGCGAUGAGAUUCGACAUUCUGGGCUGUUAUGGUGUGACGCCGACAGCUCAUCCACCAAGUGCUGGACCAACGGCCAGUCCCUCUGUUCACACGGCAGGAGGCAGUGUUGUUAGCAUGCAACCACCAGGGACCAACGGCAGUGUCCCGUCUGUACACCCAUCAACUGGUGUUUUUGUCAGCCCUACAGUAACUCCAUCAGCACAGCCUACCUUGGUUCCAGUGAUUGUGUGUGGACAGCCAAUGGGAGUGCAGAAUGCUCAGCUUGUGAAGCCAGGACAAAUGACUUCAUCAGGAUAUGACAUCAUCACAUCAUAUGCACCAAUGGGGCGUCUCAACAACCAGAUUGGCGCUUGGUCUCCCAAGCAUGCUGACGGAAAACAGUGGAUCCUGGUCAACUUCCUGACCCCACAGCUACUCGAUGGAAUCAACACUCAAGGACAUCCGUUUGAAGAUAAAUGGGUUACAAAAUUCAGCAUCGAAUACAGCAUUGAUGGCAUUCAGUUCAAACCCUACCUUGAAUCUGGAGUUAAGAAGCUUUUUGGUGGCAACUCUGACAAGAACAGCAUUGUGAAGAAUGUCUUCGGCCAUCAGAUUACAGCCAGAUACAUCAAGAUUAUUCCAGUGGAAUGGGCGCCAUCUGGCAUUGCACUGAGGUUUGACAUGCUUGGCUGUAUAAGUGUAAUCCCGACAGCCAAACCAAGUCCCCAGCCUACUGCUACCCCAUCCAUCCAGCCAACGAAAGACCACAGUGGCAUUCCGUCUGUUAGCCCACCUAUGGUUAGUCAAGGAGUUCCGUCUGUCCAUCCGUCAAUCCAUACAGGUGUACCGUCCAUUAAACCCACUGCAGGGACUGGAGUGUCAGCAACAGUUGGUCCAGCAAGUCAACCAACAGUGGUACCAGUGAUUGUGUGUGGAAAACCCAUGGGAAUCGAGAGUUCCGUAACUGUUAAGCCUAAUCAGCUGACAUCAUCUGGAUAUCAAGACGUAUUAACAGCACCAUCCUUAGCACGACUAAACAACCAGAUUGGUGCCUGGUCGCCCAAGACUAACAAUGCCGGACAGUGGAUCAUGGUUGACUUCCAGAAGCCGCAGCUAAUCGACGGAAUCCUCACUCAGGGCCACCCACUCAGUGACAAAUGGGUGACGAAAUUCAGCAUCCAGUACAGCACAGAUGGCGUCCACUUCGAACCAUACCGUGAGGCUGGUCUUACAAAGGUGUUUGGUGGCAAUACAGACAAGAACAGCAUUGUGAAGAAUGUCUUUAGCCAUCAGGUUUCGGCCAGAUACGUCAAGAUCAUCCCGGUGAAAUGGGCGCCAGCGGGUGUUGCACUGAGGUUUGACAUGCUUGGAUGUGUCAGUGAAAUUCCAACUGCCAAACCGACUCCUCAGCUGGCUGUUACCCCAUCCAUCCACCCACCAGAGAGAAUAUGUGGCGUGCCAAUGGGACUUCAGAAUCCAUUACGUGUUACAAAUGCCCAGAUGACAGCUUCUGGGUCAGACAACAGCGCAUCACAAGCAUGGGCAGGGCGAAUCUUCAACCAGGGGGGUGCAUGGUCACCAAAGAUCACCGACGCCAGUCAGUGGAUCAUAGCCGACCUCACAAGACCACACCAAAUGGAUGGAAUCUUGUCUCAAGGCCACCCACUUGUCGAUAAAUGGGUUACAAAAUUCAGCAUCGAAUACAGCACGGAUGGCAUUCAAUUCAAACCUUAUGUUGAGUCUGGAGUUACAAAGGUGUUUGGUGGCAACUCUGACAAGAACAGUAUUGUGAAGAAUGUCUUCGGCCAUCAGAUUACAGCCAGAUACGUGAAGAUCAUUCCAGUGGAAUGGACGCCAUCUGGCAUUGCACUGAGGUUUGAUAUGCUUGGAUGCUACAGUUCAACACCCACAGUUCAACCAAGUGUCCCUCCUACUGCAAAGCCCACCAUGAAACCAACAGGAGCGGGUACUGGUGUUCCAUCCAUGAAACCAACAGGAUCCGGUACAGGUGUUCCAUCCGUGAAACCAACAGGAACCGGAACAGGUGUUCCAUCCAUGAAACCAACAGGAACCGGAACAGGUGUUCCAUCCGCGAAACCAACAGGAGCUACAGGUGGUGUUCCAUCAUUAAAACCAACUGGUGGAGUUACUGAAAAACCAGUGAUAUGUGGAGUGCCAAUGGGAGUUGAGAAUUCACUGCUAGUAACUGAUUCACAAAUCACCGCAUCUGGCUUCAGUGGUGCCGUUUAUGCUCCAUCAAUGGGACGAAUCUUCAACCACCUGGGCGCCUGGUCACCCAAAGUUAUGGAUGGAAACCAGUGGAUCAUGGUUGAUUUUGUCACAUCGAAGCUGUUCGAUGGAAUCCUUACACAGGGCAGUCCUCUUGAAGACAAAUGGGUGACCAAAUUUAUGGUCAGCUACAGCACAGAUGGAAAACACUUUACUACAUAUGAAGAAAACGGAAAGCCGAAAAUGUUCGCUGGUAACUUGGACAGAAACGGAGGAAGGAAGAAUGUCUUCGCCCAUGAAAUUACCGCACGGUACAUCAGGAUUGUACCCGUGGAAUGGGCCACGGCUGGUAUUGGUUUGAGGUUCAAUAUUCUCGGCUGCUACGGCUGGCAGCCCACGGCAAGACCGCCCACCAAUCCGACCGUCAGUCCGUCAGUGUCUCCCGUCAUCAGUGAAGGACCAACACUGGCACCACACACUGUCGGAAGUAAAACUCCAUCUGUGAUACCACCUACAGGACAGACAGCGUACCCUACUGCCUCGCCUCCUGCACAGACUCCAGGCAUUGUGUGUGGCAAGCCAAUGGGAGUGGACAAUGCUCUGGUGAUAAAGGACAAACAGAUUACAGCGUCAGGAUACAGUAAUUUUGCAACAGUUGCCUCGAUGGGACGACUUUUCAAUCAGUUCGGUGCCUGGUCCCCUCAGCAUAUGGAUGGCAAUCAGUGGAUCAUGAUAGAUUUCCUGAAGCCUAGAGAAAUUAAUGGGAUUUUGACGCAGGGAAGUCCGAAUGUGGAACAGUGGGUCUCCAAGUUCAAGAUAUCCUACAGUACGGACGGAUUCCACUUCACACCGUACCAGGAACACGGCCAGACAAAACUCUUCGACGGCAACUCUGACCGAUGGAACGUCAUGAAGAACCUGUUCAGCCAUCCCGUCCAUGCUCGCUACAUCAAAAUAUUCCCUGUCCAGUGGGCUCCAACAGGAAUCGCCAUGCGCGUCAACAUUCUUGGCUGCUAUAGUGUAUCUCCCACCGUCAUACCAUCCGCUCAACCCACAGCAAGUCCGACCGCUCAUCCCACGGGUCGCACUGAACGCACUCCUUCUGAACAGCCGACUGGAGUCAGUGGAGCGACGCCUUCUGAACAGCCAACUGGAGUCAGUGGAGCGAAUCCUUCUGUUCAUCCACCAAGCCAGAGUGGGGCCGUUCCUUCAGUGACACCGUACGGCAGUCCGACCGGCCAACCGACUGCAGCACCAUCAAGUGGACCAACGUUUGAACCAAAAUGUCUGAGUCCGAUGGGGCUGGAGAACUACAGGAUCGUUAAGGACAACCAGCUUACAUCAUCAUCAAACCUGGACAAGGACCACGGACCAGAAAAUGGACGACUGCUGCAGGGCUCACCUCUGUUCAGUGGAGCGUGGGUUCAUUCCCCCAAUGACACACAGCCAUGGAUAAUGGUGAACUUCCUUGAACCUAAACGAAUAUCAGGUAUUGUCACUCAAGGUGGUGGGUCGGAGAACACAUGGAUCACGCAGUACACAGUUUCCUACAGCACAGAUGGCAGAAACUUUAUACCGUACACCGACACACCUGGUGCUGGAAACGGCAAGAUCUUCAACGGAAAUACCGACUCUGUGACGGACGUAACGCGACUGUUCAACCGGAACGUGAUAGCUCAGUACAUUCGAGUGGUUCCGGUCAAGGCCCAGGGAGUUGGUGCUUUCAGGUUUAACGUUCUUGGCUGUAAUCCGUCUCCCAUUGAUAAGAAUAUACCGGUGAAGUCCACCUUGUCACCGACAUUAGCAUCAGGCGCGACCCCCACGCUGUCGCCUCCGACUGGGACGCAGGCCACACCAUCGGCCGCGCCAGUGUUUACGACACCUUCUGUUUGCCUGAUUCCAAUGGGUGUGGAGAACAUGUAUGUUGUACACAAUUCACAGCUGACAGCCUCUUCAUUUAAAGACGGAAACCCACCCUCACAAGGACGACUGUACAAUACACCCACCAGUCAACUUGGUGGUGCAUGGAUUCCAAGCUCACUGAACAAGCAGUGGAUACAGGUUGACCUGCUGAAACCCAAACUAAUAUCUGGUGUGAUCACCCAGGGCAGUCCUGUUGGUCCCCGGUGGGUUACCCAGUACACAGUGUUCACCAGCCUUGACGGGAAGACCUUCACUCCCUACACAGGCCUGCCUGGCCAGACUCUUCCAAAGCAGUUUGUUGCCAACGCUGACCAGAACUCGCCACACAGAGAGUUGUUCAAUCGGGAGAUUGUAGCAAGAUUUGUACGAAUUCUCCCAGUUUCCUGGGCUCCUGCAGGAAUAGCUCUGCGCUUUAAUGUCCUUGGAUGCCGCCCAGACAACCCUAAACCAAUACCUCAACCAACAGCUGUGCCACCCUCUGGUCCUACUGGAACGCCAACAGCUGUGCCACCCUCUGGUCCUACUGGAAAGCCAACAGCUGUGCCACCCUCUGGUCCUACUGGAAAGCCAACAGCUGUGCCACCCUCUGGUCCUACUGGAAAACCAACAGCUGUGCCACCCUCUGGUCCUACUGGAAAACCAACAGCUGUGCCACCAAUGCAAACAACGUAUGGUGGAUUCCAAGGCUGCGACGUGUCAAUGGGGGUGGAGAAUCCGAGGAUAGUUGGAGGACGUCAGCUGACAGCUUCAUCGAUGAUGGACAUAUUCCACAGCGCUGAACGGGCUCGACUCUACACAAGUAAAGAUGGCCAUUAUGCAGGAGCCUGGGUUCCACAAUUUCCAAAUAAUCGACAGUGGAUUCAGGUUGACUUUGGAGCACUGUAUCCAGUUUCUGGCGUCAUCACUCAGGGUCGAUCUGACAUCCCACAGUGGGUGAUGAAGUUCGAGGUCUAUUACAGCAAUGAUGGUCAGCACUUCAGACCCAUAUUGUCGGAAACAUCGCAGCUGAAGGUAUUCACUGGCAACGCUGACCAGAACACUCCCAAGACGAAUAUAUUCCCUGCUGUGACAGCAAGAUAUAUCCGAAUCCGCCCUGUUGAAUGGCACCAGGCCGUGGCCUUGAGAUUUAACGUGCUUGGAUGCAUGAUCCCAUCACCCACGCCACAGCUGUCUGUUCCGUCUGCAAUCCCAACUGGACUCCCAACUGCAUCUCCUUCCCGAGCACCCUGCAUGUACUGGACACCAUGGGUCAGCAGUAACAGACCCACGGCCAUGGGUGAAUAUGAAUCACUGUCGAACAUGGGUAGCUAUGUGACGGUGUGCGACGCCAGGUUUGUGACCAGCAUCGAGUGUCGAACGGUCGAUACGAAGCUGAAACCGGAAAAGGAUGGACAGAUUGGCGUGGUGUGCAGUCUGGACAGGAAGGCUCUCAUCUGUGAUGGCUCAAAACAAGUCGGUGAUCCGUGUCACAACUACGAAAUCAGGGUCUUCUGUGAUGAGUGUGAGAAGCCGACGGCGUCUCCAUCGGCUGGGGCGGUCAUCACACCAUCGGUCACUCCGAAAGGAAACACGUUUGUGACGCCAUCAUUGACGCUACUGACGGGACAGACGCCCAGCGUGAAACCGCCCUCCUGUGUAGACCGGUGGAGUGGGUGGGUCAACAAAGACAGGCCUGAUGGAAAUGGAGAUUUCGAGUAUCUGACGGUACAGGAACUGGAUCUGUUUUGUCCAGGUGGUGUGAUAUCCGAAGUAAAGUGCGCUAGUGCAACAACAGGGCAGCAGUAUGACUUGACGGGAGAUAAUGUGUCCUGUAAUGCUUCCUACGGUUUGAGGUGCAGCAAUGGUGAUAAUGGACCGACCACCUGUCAAGACUACAAAGUCAACUACAGAUGCCAAUGCAAAUCAUUUACAUCACCUCACAUCAGCUCAUCAGCAUCUCCAAGUACAGGAACAUAUGUGUCACCAACUGCCUCACCCCAACCUCACUGUACAGUCAGUAAAUGGUCCCAGUGGAUAAACAGAGACAAGCCUGGUGUUGGAAGUGGUGACCAUGAAGCUUACACACAUGAAGAGUUGAUCAAGUUCUGUCCUGGUGGAGAAAUCACUGACAUAGAAUGCAUGACAACAGAUGGAAUUUCUUCAAAUAGUGCUGGAGAAGUCAUGCAAUGUAACAAAAAUAUUGGACUCAAGUGUGAAAACAGUGAUAAUGCUCCACUCCCAUGCUCUGACUACAAGAUCCGAUACUUCUGUAAGUGUUCUCCUCUUGUAACACCUUCUGCUGUACCUACAACUACUCCAACUGCCUCACCACCAACAGGACAACACAUCAGUCCUUCUGCAUCUCCAAGUCCAGGAACAGAUGUGUCACCAACUGCCUCACCACCAACAGGACAACACAUCAGUCCUUCAGCAUCUCCAAGUCCAGGAACAGAUGUGUCACCAACAGCCUCACCCCAACCUCACUGUACAGUCAGUAAAUGGUCCCAGUGGAUAAACAGAGACAAGCCUGGUGUUGGAAGUGGUGACCAUGAAGCUUACACACAUGAAGAGUUGGUCAAGUUCUGCUCUGGUGGAGAAAUCACUGAGAUAGAAUGCAUGACAACAGAUGGAAUUUCUUCAAAUAGUGCUGGAGAAGUCAUGCAAUGUAACAAAAAUAUUGGACUCAGGUGUGAAAACAGUGAUAAUUUUCCAAUACAGUGCUCCGAUUACAAGAUUAGAUACUUCUGCAAGUGUUCUAUUGUAACACCAUAUUUAGGACCUUCAGCUACUCCAACUGCAUCACCACCAACAGGACAACACUUCAGUCCUUCAGCAUCUCCAAGUCCAGGAACAGAUGUGUCACCAACUGCCUCACCACCAACAGGACAACACAUCAGUCCUUCACCAUCUCCAAGUCCAGGAACAGAUGUGUCACCAACAGCCUCACCCCAACCUCACUGUACAGUCAGUAAAUGGUCCCAGUGGAUAAACAGAGACCAGCCUGGUGUUGGAAGUGGUGACCAUGAAGCUUACACACAUGAAGAGUUGAUCAAGUUCUGUCCUGGUGGAGAAAUCACUGACAUAGAAUGCAUGACAACAGAUGGAAUUUCUUCAAAUAGUGCUGGAGAAGUCAUGCAAUGUAGCAAAAAUAUUGGACUCAAGUGUGAAAACAGUGAUAAUGCUCCACUCCCAUGCUCUGACUACAAGAUCCGAUACUUCUGUAAGUGUUCUCCUCUUGUAACACCUUCUGCUGUACCUACAGCUACUCCAACUGCCUCACCACCAACAGGACAACACAUCAGUCCUUCUGCAUCUCCAAGUCCAGGAACAGAUGUAUCACCAACUGCCUCACCACCAACAGGACAACACAUCAGUCCUUCAGCAUCUCCAAGUCCAGGAACAGAUGUGUCACCAACUGCCUCACCCCAACCUCAUUGUACAGUCAGUAAAUGGUCCCAGUGGAUAAACAGAGACAAGCCUGGUGAUGGAAGUGGUGACCAUGAAGCUUACACACAUGAAGAGUUGAUCAAGUUCUGUCCUGGUGGAGAAAUCACUGAGAUAGAAUGCAUGACAACAGAUGGAAUUUCUUCAAAUAGUGCUGGAGAAGUCAUGCAAUGUAACAAAAAUAUUGGACUCAAGUGUGAAAACAGUGAUAAUGCUCCACUCCCAUGCUCUGACUACAAGAUCCGAUACUUCUGUAAGUGUUCUCCUCUUGUAACACCUUCUGCUGUACCUACAGCUACUCCAACUGCCUCACCACCAACAGGACAACACAUCAGUCCUUCUGCAUCUCCAAGUCCAGGAACAGAUGUAUCACCAACUGCCUCACCACCAACAGGACAACACAUCAGUCCUUCAGCAUCUCCAAGUCCAGGAACAGAUGUGUCACCAACUGCCUCACCCCAACCUCAUUGUACAGUCAGUAAAUGGUCCCAGUGGAUAAACAGAGACAAGCCUGGUGAUGGAAGUGGUGACCAUGAAGCUUACACACAUGAAGAGUUGAUCAAGUUCUGUCCUGGUGGAGAAAUCACUGAGAUAGAAUGCAUGACAACAGAUGGAAUUUCUUCAAAUAGUGCUGGAGAAGUCAUGCAAUGUAACAAAAAUAUUGGACUCAAGUGUGAAAACAGUGAUAAUGCUCCACUCCCAUGCUCUGACUACAAGAUCCGAUACUUCUGUAAGUGUUCUCCUAUUGUAACACCUUCUGCUGUACCUACAGCUACUCCAACUGCCUCACCACCAACAGGACAACACAUCAGCCCUUCAGCAUCUCCAAGUCUAGGAAGAGAUGUGUCACCAACUGCCUCACCACCAACAGGACAACACAUCAGUCCUUCAGCAUCUCCAAGUCUAGGAACAGAUGUGUCACCAACUGCCUCACCCCAACCUCAUUGUACAGUCAGUAAAUGGUCCCAGUGGAUAAACAGAGACAAGCCUGGUGUUGGAAGUGGUGACCAUGAAGCUUACACACAUGAAGAGUUGAUCAAGUUCUGUCCUGGUGGAGAAAUCACUGACAUAGAAUGCAUGACAACAGAUGGAAUUUCUUCAAAUAGUGCUGGAGAAGUCAUGCAAUGUAACAAAAAUAUUGGACUCAAGUGUGAAAACAGUGAUAAUGCUCCACUCCCAUGCUCUGACUACAAGAUCCGAUACUUCUGUAAGUGUUCGCCUCUUGUAACACCUUCUGCUGUACCUACAGCUACUCCAACUGCAUCACCACCAACAGGACAACACAUCAGCCCUUCAGCAUCUCCAAGUCCAGGAACAGAUGUGUCACUAACUGCCUCACCCCAACCUCACUGUACAGUCAGUAAAUGGUCCCAGUGGAUAAACAGAGACAAACCUGGUGUUGGAAGUGGUGAUCAUGAAGCUUACACACACGAAGAGUUGUCUAAAUUUUGUCCUGGUGGAGCAAUCACUGAGAUAGAAUGCAUGACAACAGAUGGAAUUUCUUCAAAUAGUGCUGGAGAAGUCAUGCAAUGUAACAAAAAUAUUGGACUAAAGUGUGAAAACAGUGAUAAUGCUCCACUCCCAUGUUCUGACUACAAGAUCCGAUACUUCUGCAAGUGCUCUCCUCUUGUAACACCAUAUGUGGGACCUACUGGUUCUCCGACUGUGUCACCAAUGUCUAAUACAAACCUGAUGCCUUCAGCAUCUCCAGUGUGUAAUGGAACUCAGUGGUCCCAAUGGAUAAACAGAGACAAACCAGAUGUUGGAGGUGGUGAUCAUGAAUCUUUUUCACCUCACGAAUUCGGUUCGUUUUGUCCCGGAGGAGAAAUAUUAGAUAUCGAAUGUCGGACUGUAAACGACAUUUCCUCUCAUAGUUCUGGAGAAGUUCUUUCCUGCCACAAAGAUACUGGACUGAGAUGUGAAAAUAGUGACAAUUAUCCGUUGCCGUGUUCCGAUUACAAAAUCCGAUACCUCUGCAAGUGUUCUCCACCAGGUGCCCAGCCUACAGGCAGUGUGACAUGGAUCAUGCCUAGCUUUGACCCAAGUGGAUCCCCGACACCCGUUCUCCAGACCUGCACACAGAGCUCGCUGUCUCCAUGGGUGAACAAGGACACUCCAGACACUGGCGAUGGUGACCACGAGUUCCUCACCAAGGAAGAGCUGGCCAGGUUCUGUGUCGGCGGCGUUGUCACCAAGAUCGAGUGCUAUGCCGGCGACAUCCCACAUGAGAGCACGGGAGAGGUUGCGACCUGUGACCUGCAGAACGGUUUGGUGUGCAACAACAAGGACAACUCUCCAGUUCCAUGCAGCGACUACAAAGUGCGAUACUUGUGUGAAUGCACAGAUAAACCGACAACAGCACUGCCAACAGUACGUGCUACCUCUGGUCCGAAGAUCACAGUGCGGUGUGCCUGGUCACCUUGGCUCAAUGCAGACCAACCAAACAAAGACUCCACGGAUGUCGGAGACCUCGAGACCAUCGAUGUCCUGAAGACCAAGUUCGGUGUGUGCAGUCACAUAGUGGACAUCGAGUGUAGGGUUGCCGGGACAACCACGCUGUCCAGAGAUGCUGGACAGAGUCAUGUUUCGUGCGACAUCAACAACGGUCUGCGUUGCUAUAACGGUGAACAGUCGACAUCUCAGUGCCAUGAUUAUGAAGUGCGCGUUCUCUGCUGGAGCCCACAGUGUUCAGGGCCCAAGCCUACGUCAGGACCACUGGUCACUCCCGGUAUUAACCCAAGUGUGACGCCCACCAAAUCACCGCACGUCUCUCCAUCAAUGGAACCUGGCAAACUGACCAACGGGCCACACCUGACAACCACACCACCACGUCAAGGUUUCGAACGCACCACAACAGCUGUAUGUGCACCAGACAGCAUCUGGGAUGCGUGUGCGUUCACGUGUGAACAGAUGUGCCACUCUGCCGCUGCCGACGUCUGUAACGGUCAGGCACCAACACAGUGUGUUCCUGGGUGUCUGCCGUCGACCCACUCAUCCAAACAGUGCGGCAUGGGAGAACGACUCAAGGGAAAUCAACAGUGCGUCAAAAUGGAGAUGUGUACUUGUCGAAAACAAGACAACACCAUAGCACUGCCCAUGGAAUACUGGACGAACCCGACCGACUCCUGCUCCAAGUGUCACUGCUUCAACAACACUGUGCUGUGUACAACAAGCACCUGCAAGCCGACAGCGUCGCCAACCGUCGGCCCAACUGUACACCCGACCAUCCAGCCACAGUGUCACUGGACGAACUGGAUCAACGUGGACUCCCCGAACACUGGGGACGGAGACCACGAACUACUGGCCGACAUCAGGAGGACCAACCAGCUGUGUAGUCUGCCAAUACAGAUCGAGUGUCGCGAGGUGACAUCUCGCAAACCCGCCCAUCAGUUCGGCGAGACCGUCACCUGCGAUGUCACCAACGGACUGACGUGCAACACGUGGCAGAAUGGAGGACACUGCAGCGAUUACGAGGUCCGAUUCUACUGUCCGUGUAUCACACACGUAUCACCAAGUGCUGGUCCCACUGCACAGCCUACAGCUUCUCCAGCUAUCAGCGUCACUGCCCGGGCGACCACUUCUCCAUUCUGCGGUUGGUCUCCAUGGAUGAACCACAACCACCCCGACAACAUGACCCCUGGCAAGCCACACGAAGGAGAUGUUGAAUCGGUCGCCAAGUUGAUAUCAGACAAGACCGUCUGCGGAUAUGACAUGAUGACCCACAUCCAGUGCAGGAUUGUCGGAACCACCAGUCUGGCUCAGUCGUCAGGUCAGGUCGUCACGUGCGACUUGGUGCGGGGCCUGCGGUGCGACGACGCCAAGCAGAUCAACGGCAACAAGUGUCGCGAUUACGAGAUACGCAUCUUCUGCGACUGUUCCCGAUACACGCCCACUCCUGCACCGACGCAGCGUCCAACUGGCAAGCCGACGGCCAGUCCAGCGAGAUGUGGCUGGACACGGUGGAUGAACGGUCACGCUCCAAACAGCAUCGGUGAGCUGGAGAUUCUGCCAGACUUGAGACAGGUGUACACAUUCUGUGGGACCACCGAUAUCACGGCCGCCGAAUGUCGAGACGUGAAGACACACGUCGCGUCGUCAGAUGCCGGUCAGACUGAUGUCCUUUGUGAUCUCAAGUAUAGUGGACUCGUGUGUAGGAAUGACAAACAGACUUCUGGACACGGCUGUGCGGACUACGAAAUUCGUUUCCUCUGCGAGCCGAAACACUUGGAUUGCAGCAGCCCAACUCGGUCACCAACGUCGCCCACUGUCUCCUCACACUCACCUAAUGUCGGACCGGUAGGACAGCCCACGGCACAUCCUUCCAAGACUUGUUCCGGCAUGUGGUCACAGUGGUUUAACAAGGACACUCCUAGUACUGGUGACGGUGACACAGAAAUCAUCUCCCCAUUUGAACUGAACACCAAGUACAACUUCUGUGGCAAUGGAAAGUUAACGAAAAUUGAAUGCUUUUCAUCAGAGCUUAAUGUUACGUAUGAAUCAACUGGAGACAAUCUCGUCUGUAACCUUCAACAAGGACUAGUGUGUAAAAAUGAUGACAAUUUUCCUAUCCAGUGUCAGGACUAUAAGAUAAGGUAUCACUGCGAGGAGUGCACCACCCCUACUCUUUCACCACACACCACGGGGAGUCCCACUGCCGUACCUCCAUCCAAGACCGUGACACCCGUGCUGAACUACUCCCCCGGCCACCCAAUCGCUCACCCACCAGCUGGUAACUGCACGGGCUCGUGGUCUGAGUGGUUCAACAGGGACAAGCCUAACAGCGGUGGCGGGGACCGGGAACACGUGUCAAAUUCGGAGCUGAGGACCAAGUAUCACUUCUGUGUGAACGGAAAGGUCACCAACAUCGACUGCUACGGCCUCGACACCCAGUCAGUGGCCUCCUCCACCGGUGCUGUCCUCACAUGUAACCUGCAGCAAGGUUUCAUCUGCAACAAUGUCGAUAAUUUCCCCAUGGACUGUGAAGACUACAAGAUACGCUACUACUGCGAGGAGUGUCCCAGUCCGACCCAGGCCCCCCACAUUACACAGAAACCUACUGCUUCUCCGCCGGGUCAUACGGACGUGUCUGAGACGCCAUCGAUUCACAUGACAACUCUACAUUCUCCCGGCAAAUGCACAGGUUCCUGGUCGCACUGGAUCAACACAGAUAAACCCGACACAGGCGAUGGUGAUUUCGAGCACAUCUCUGCCAUCGAUCUCAGAAACAAGCACAAUUUCUGCAAGGGAGGAGGAAAAAUCACCAAGAUUGAAUGCUACAGUGUCGACCUGCAGGCAUAUUCGUACUCAACAGGAGCAGUCGUGACAUGCAACCUCGACAAAGGCCUGAUCUGUAAGACGUCCGAUAAUUUCCCUGCACCAUGCGACGACUACCAGAUCCGUUACUACUGCGAGCAGUGUCCGUCCCCGCCCAUUCCGGGGGUCAACAAGAACCCCACGAAGGCCCCGACGGCCACCCCAAGCAUGGAACCGCCGACCGCCAGCACCCAGACUCCGCAGAAAAUAUCGACAAGAAGUCCGGCCAUGAUGACGACGUGUGCGGCGUACUGGUCUCCUUGGAUCAACCAGGACAAGCCAGACACGGGAGGAGGUGACCUGGAACAUGCCAGUGUCGACGAGCUACGGUCCACCUACCACUUCUGUCCUGGAGGAACACUGACACACAUCGAGUGUGUGGGCGCCGAUUCCGGGAUCUCGUCACUCUCCACCGGGGAAAUAGUCAAGUGCGACCUUCAGUCAGGUUUGGUUUGCAGGAACAUUGACAACGACCCGAUACCAUGUAGUGACUACAAGAUCCGGUAUUACUGUGAGAUGUGUAGUCCAGUUGGACCACACAACAUAGUGACUGAUCAUGUGAAGCUUACAACUCCAAGAAAUCCAGUGAUUUUCAAAACAACACCAACACUACUUCAUCCACAGCACAAAGUGUGUGCCAACCCGAUGGAUCACCCAAUGUCCAUAACGGUGCCAGACUACGACCUGACGGCGUCGACCAGUGCGUCACCCUACACUGGACCUGAACAGUCGCACAUUGACUCCACUCCCGACGGCAUCCACAGCGGAGCCUGGAUUCCUAAACACAACGACAAGCAGCAGUGGAUUGAGGCUCGCUUUGAAUAUCCUCAGACUGUCACAGGCAUUCUUACAAAGGGCCGAGAGGGAUUCCCCCACUGGGUGACAUCAUACAAACUCCUGUACUCCAGUGAUGGUUACAACUUCCACUACUACGAAGAAACACCUGGACAACCAAAGACAUUUGCUGGAAACUUUGAUGGGUCCAGUCCUGCCAAUCACAUAAUUACACCGAUUACUGCCCGAUACGUCCGGAUACAGCCUUCGACAUGGCACGGAGCCAUCGCACUUAGGUUUGAUCUCAUUGGAUGCAAAGCUCCAGCACCUACAGCCACGCCCACUGCUCAACCGACCGUGAAGCCUCCCAUUGGAUCAAGCGUAUCGCCGUGCAUCAAGAGUUCGUGGUCGUCAUGGAUCAACCGUGUUAACCCUGACGAGGGAGAGGGUGACCACGAAGCGAUGACCAUCUCGGAACUCGGCCGCUUCUGUCCGUCAGGCAAAGUGGACCAGGUCGAGUGUGUCACGGUGGACGGAGACAUCUCAUACUUCAGCUCAGGAGAAGUGGUCAAGUGUGACGUGGCCACUGGGAUGACGUGUCACAACGCAGACAACAUGCCCAUCCCCUGUUCCAACUACAAGAUACGAUACCACUGUCAGUGUUCAGGACAAGUUCCAUCUGCCACGCCCACUGCUCACCCGACUGUGAAGCCUCCAAUUGGAUCAAGCGUAUCGCUGUGCAUCAAGAGUUCGUGGUCGUCAUGGAUCAACCGCGUUAACCCUGAUGUGGGAGAGGGUGACCACGAAGCGAUGACCAUCUUGGAACUCGGCCGCUUCUGUCCGUCGGGCAAAGUGGACCAGGUCGAGUGUGUCACGGUUGACGGAGACAUCUCGUACUUCAGCUCGGGAGAAGUGGUCAAGUGUGACGUCACCACUGGGCUGACAUGUCACAACGCAGACAACCUGCCCAUCCCCUGUUCCAACUACAAGAUACGAUACCACUGUCAGUGUUCAGAACAAACCAAAAACCCACCAUCUGUUGGCCCGACAAGAGCACCAACUAGAAAGCCAGGUAUAGGACAUGAUGGUUUUCCAACGGCUCACCCGACAAUAGACCAUGCAGCAGUCCAGUUUCCAACAUCACCCACACCAAGAGUACCAGACGCCUGUACAGCAGAGAUGGGCAUGAAGAACCAUGAGAUCCGCGACUCGAUGCUGACCGCGUCAUCGUACCGCGACGGCCGACACACACCACAGAGCGCUCGACUCGGGUCCGCGGGAGCGUGGCUGGCUGCCAUUGACAACACACAGCAGUACAUUGAGGUGGACUUCCUCCAGCCAACCAUCAUCAGCGGUAUCACCACACAGGGCAGACCGGAUGCGCCCAGCUUCGUGACGUCCUACAAGCUGUUCUAUUCAAACGAUGGCAUCAACUGGAAUGCAUACAGGGAAGAUAAACACAUAGAUAAAGUUUUCGCUGGUAAUUUUGACUCUGUAACACCAGUACAGAACAUGCUGCUCAGUCCACUGAGAACGAGAUUCUUGAGAAUUAGUCCACAAACAUGGCAGGGCAGGAUCGCGAUGAGGUUUGAAAUCCAUGGAUGCGUCAGCUCCUAUCCCACUGCUGCCCCAACAUUAACAUUUACUGGUCAGCCAACAGCGAAACCAAGCAAGUUACCGUCUGGAGAAACCCCAACACUUGGCCCCACUGCAACUCUGGUACCCUACCUGCCUCAAGGCUGUGUCGUGUGGGAUGAUUGGCUCGACCUUCACCCAGUGACCUUGACCUCCAGUGGUGACCACGAAUCCAUCAAGGCCAUCUCACGCGCCACACAGACGUGCCGACACCCAAUCUCCAUAGAGUGCCGGACAGCGACGCCGGACCACACCCCAUAUGACAAGACCGGUCAGGUGGUCAGUUGCAACAUGUGGGAUGGACUGGUGUGUAAGAACAGUGACCAGUCGAGUCCGAAGAUGUGCUACAACUACGAAGUGCGAGUCAGCUGUAUCAAACACACCAUGACCUGCUUGUCGAAACUGCCGACCGCAGUGCCGUCGGUUGCCCCAACACUGGCACCGUACAUUAAAAACAUUGUUCCGUGUUUCACCGGGAUGGACGUCAGUGCAUGUCCACACGAUGGCUGUCCGGUUGGUCAGUUCUGCGAUGGUCUCAAGUGUGUCCAGAAAGCAGAGUGCCCAUGUCUUGUCAACAACAAAGUUGUUUUGGGUGGACACAUUGCCGAAAAUCAGAACUGUGAUACCUGCCAGUGUUUCGGAGGUGAAGUCAAGUGCAUACCUAAGACCUGUCCCGCUUGUCCACAAGGUCAGACCCGUCAACUAGACAGGUCCACGUGUCAGUGUCAGUGUCACAAGUGUGCCGACGGCGAGUUCCAGUGUAGCACCGGUCAGUGUCUGCCUGCUAAAGCUCGAUGUGAUGGAAUUACAGACUGUACAGAUGAUGAAUUUGGAUGUGCAUUUACACCAAUAUUUACUAUGCCGGAGGUUCCACCCACAAAGCCUGCAGUGCCAGGAAGUAAUGCCACUCUCGUCCCUACAUACACAAAACAGCCAGAACUCACAACUGCUGCUCCAACAUCUAAGACGCUCACCACCAAAAUACCACCCAAUCCGUGUGCGUCGGUGGUGUGUCAAUCCCUGGCCACGCCCCCAAUCAAGGAAGGUGAGAUCACGAAGAUCGUGAAGACGCGUGACGGGUGCUGCGACACGUACAUGGUGUUGUGCGAGCCCACGUUGUGCCGCGCGCCGCCGACAUGCACGAGGCCCACGGUGGCCGUCCAACGAGGAGGACAUCGGUGCUGUCCCAACUACAGAUGUGUUUGUCCACCGCGAUGUCCUAAACCCACUGAACCAACGUGCGCCACCGGUUCCCAAGUUGUUGAGAUACUCACUGAGUGCAACUGUACCACCAAGGCUUGUGUUGCUUCGCCUGUCCCAGUCUGCCGUUACAUGAUGACGAAGACAGUGAUCAAUGGAAAAGAUGCAGACCUGACUCCACCAAAAGAAGUCAUCCACCAUGCUGGUCAGAAGUGGAAUGACGGUCUUUGUAAAUCCUGUCAGUGUGUAAACAGCUCCACCGGAACAGAAACCAGCUGCCAGACACAGACGUGUGCACCAUGCAAACUCGGUGAACAAAGAGUGACAAAACCCAAUGAAUGCUGCGGUGAAUGCAAACCUACCGGGUGUGUCGACAACGGACAUAUGUACAAGCUGGAUGAAGAAAUACCAUCGAACAGAAAAUGCUACAAGAAGAAAUGUGUUCGGAACGUGUUUGAUGGGACGUAUGUCGUACAGGACUCGCAGGUCACGUGUGAACGUCUGGAAAAUCUGCCUCCUUGUCAGUCGAAUGUUUUAACUUACGAUGCUACUGGCUGCUGUCGGAAAUGUAUCCCAAGAGAAAUCAUGCCCACCAAUGCCUCCAGUGUUUGUCAGUCAUGUUCCCCAAGACUGGUGUUCGGUCAGCCGCAGCAGUCGAUAGGAUUCUUCAAGGUCCAUGACAAGGGAGAAGUGUGUCAGAACGUGCAGCCCGUUCGGGAUCUCAAGGAGUGCGCCGGCUACUGCGCCUCUACGUCACACUACGCCGCACUCAUGGGCGGAUUCACCAACAAGUGCAGCUGCUGUCAGCCGGCCCACACAGGCACAAAGACAAUAGAACUGGUAUGUUCCGCUAGUGGCAGGAAGGUGACAAAGACUUAUACCGUACCUGAAACAUGUGGCUGUAGUGCAUGUUCUGGGGGCAAAUAAUGGCACUUGGUUUUACCUUCUCAUCGCCUGAUCUGAACUCUAUUGAACAUGUGUAAAUGUUUUUUAAUGAAAAACAAUCCUCACUUAAACUCCGGUGAUAGUUCUUGACAUGAACCAUGUGUACUGUGUGUAAAACAUUACAACGUCAUAAGUCUACUUAAUCCUGUUGUUAUAAUGUGGGGUUUUUUACUUGUUUGCUUUUCACAUGUAUAUAUUUUAUUAAUAUUAAACAUACCCCAAAGUGAUGUUUUAAAUUAAGUGGAACCUUAUGGUAUUUUAAUAAUUUCAAAGAAUUACUUUAUAGAUUUGCAUUAUUAAGAGAGUAUAAACUGGAACACAUCUUUCAAUCGCUGUAUUGCAUUCAGCUGUUUUUUAAUGCUUUAUUUCAAACUAAAAGUCAGUACAGUCGAAUCCACUUAAUCGCAUGUCGGUUUAUAGAAUAAUUUUUUUUUUGCAUAUUAUAUAAAAGACAAACAUUAAAACAUUUGGUUUAUAAUUUGUGACUAGUUAUGGAGUUAAUUAAUUUAUGUUUGAAAAACAAUAACUAAAUGGAAUAUAUAUAUACUUGAAAAUAUACUAGGUCAAGUCUAAUUCUGCUACUACUACUACUGUUACUCAAGUCUAAUUCUGCUACUACUACUACUGUUACUCAAGUCUAAUUCUGCUACUACUACUACUGUUACUCAAGUCUAAUUCUGCUUGAUGCACACACAUACCAGGGCUAGCUCUGGCACUUGUCAAGUUCACCAAUUGCGAAUUUUGAAAGCAGUUGGCAAUUUUUUUUUUAAUUUGGCGAAAUAAUUUCACGUAAUAAUUGCCAUUUUUUAGAAAAUAACUGAUGAUUUCUGCCAUUUUUAACGUUUAAUAGACAAUUUGGCAAAAUGUUUUUCUCACCCAAGGCUAGCCCUGCAUGUCGUGAAAACAGGAUCACAAUGUUUAAUGCUUCAUUUGCAUCUCAGUGUUCAUAUUUUGACAGCUUUGCAACUAUUUUGACAAUAAUGUUUUCAUUUGAACAGAAUUAAAGAUACCACUUGCAGUCGCACUUUGAACUGAGAUUGCAUAUAUAUAGAUUCUUUAUAUAUAGAUUCAGAAUUUUAGCAACUUAUUAUUAUGUAAAGAAUAAGGUAAAAACCACAUGUCUUUGUAUUAGGUUCGGAAUUUUAGCAACUUAUUUGUAUUCGACAAAACAUAUUCAAUGUUUACCUAUCUGUUUAACACAUUUGCAAGGGGUAUAGUAUGCAUUUACUUUGUACUGAUUAUUGAAUGUUCUCACAGACAGUAAGUAAUAACAGGAGAAUGGACAUUGGUUCAAAUAAUAUCUGGAAGAAGUAUUUGAUUUUAAAUCAUGUUUGACACACAGUAAUAAUGUAAUAUUUGUGAUGUAUUUGUUGUGAGGUAAUAAAUAUAUAUUCUUA